UUCCAACAUUUGUGUUACAGAUGAAGGUUUGUUCAUUUUCAUGUUGUGAUAAAUUGUGUUCAAUAUGAACUUUGUGCAGCUCCACUUGUAGAAUCUUCCUGUGCAGUGUGAUGAACAGCAGUAAGUGACCAUUGGACUAACAGUGAGCUGAUAAACACCUGUUCAGUUUCAGGGGUGUAAAAAAAAAAAAAAGUAUUUGUGUGAUGGGAGGAGUUAAGAAGACAGCAGCUCAAAUAAAUCAUUUAACAUAUCUGCCUCAGGAAAUACACGGCGGUGACAAACCAGACGCAUGAUACUCCUUCACACCUGCACCAGUUAUUCUGACUUUUCCAGUAAUUUAUUGUGAAUUAUAAAACAGAAGCUGGAUCAUUUUCUUACUCGACUGCUGGACUGAGGUGGGUCAUGGAUCCAGUUGUCGAAGUCGUGGCUUUGCUGCUGGGAUUUAUCGGCUGGGUGAUGGUUGGUGUCGCUCUGCCAAACCGCUACUGGAGGACCUCCACUGUUGACGGGAAUGUCAUCACCACAUCCACCAUCUAUGAAAACUUAUGGAUGUCCUGUGCCACGGAUGCGACUGGAGUUCAUAACUGCAGGGAUUUCCCUUCUCUCCUGGCUUUGAGUGGUUAUAUCCAGGCUUCUCGUGCCUUGAUGAUCACAUCGAUAGUGUUGGGCACCUUUGGACUGGUGGCUGCGCUGAUCGGAAUACAGUGCUCUAAAGCUGGAGGGGAAAACUACAUACUCAAAGGCAGGAUCGCUGCCACUGGUGGAAUCCUUUUCAUACUUCAAGGCUUGUGCACAAUGGUCUCUGUGUCCUGGUACGCCUUCAACAUCACCAAGGACUUCUUUGACCCGCUGUACCCGGGGAUAAGGUAUGAGAUUGGAGAAGGACUGUACAUCGGCUGGUGCUCCGCUGUGCUCGCCAUUGCUGGAGGAGCCUGUCUCACCUGCUCCUGUAAAAAUGCUUCUGAGGAAAAAUACCGCCUGCCGUACCAGACCAGGGGAACUGUUUAUUCUGCAGCUGCACCGAGCAGGAGCGCUGCCGCCAGUACGUACGGACGAAAUGCCUACGUUUGAAAAGACCUGCAACAAACUUCUCUCACGCUCUCUUUCUUCUUUUUUCUUUUUUCUUUUUUUUUUAUACAAAU